AUGACUGAUCUUAUCGCUAAGUUUGAAUCAUUAGCGAUCACUCCUUCUACUCCAAAUAAAGAGCAAUUGGCUUACGAAACACAAUGGAGCACUGUUUUAAAAACUGGGAAGGUGCCUGAUAAGUUAGAUGAAUUGAAUUUGAUGUUAAGAGAUAAUUUAUUUGUUACUGCAACCCCAGAACCUGUCCGUACUGAUGUAGAAUUGUUUGAAGCUGUUCUUCCAGUGUUGAAAGGAAUUUCCGCAUCGUCCAAAGAUGUAAAAGGUAACUACGCGAAGUACAGGCAUAUUUAUAGAUGGGCAGACUACUUGCAAAAGUUACUACAAUUACCUGAAAAUGAGAGGGUUUAUGUUCCUUAUGAGAUGGAUUUGCCUCGUGAGGUGAUUGAGAAGAAGAAGAAGGAAGCUUCGACGACCUGCGAUGGUAAAGAUAAAGUCCAGCCCGCUUCAGCCGCCGGUGCUGCGGGUGAGAAGAGCGCCAAGCAACCAAGAGGUAAACCAGAUGAAGCCACACUAGCUAAAUUGAGGGAAGAGGCUAAGGCCAAGAAGGCAGCCAAGAAAGCAGCAGCUGCUAAUCAACCAACCCAACAAGCUGAAGCCGCCGCAAAGCUUGUCCCUAGUUUAGUUGACUUCCGUGUUGGUUUUAUUCAAAAAGCCAUCAAGCACCCAGAUGCAGACUCAUUGUAUGUGUCAACUAUUGAUGUUGGUGAAGCAGAAGGGCCAAGAACAGUUUGUUCUGGCUUGGUAAAGCACUAUCCAUUGGAGGCGAUGCAAGAGCGUUAUGUUGUGUUAGUUUGCAAUUUGAAGCCUGUUAACAUGAGAGGUAUCAAAUCUACUGCCAUGGUUCUCUGUGGUUCUGCUGGAGAUAAAGUUGAGUUUGUCUCUCCACCUGCUGGUAGCAAGCCUGGUGACAAAGUUUUCUUUGAAGGAUUUGGAAAUGAUGAGCCUGCUAAACAAUUGAAUCCAAAAAAGAAGAUCUGGGAGCAGUUGCAACCUCACUUUACUACUAAUGACAAAUGUGAAGUUAUAUUCAAAGAUGAUGAGGAUAAGGAAAAGACUAUCAGAUUAUUGACCAAUGCUAAAGGUGAAUCAUUUAAGGUUGACACCGUUGUAAAUGCUGAAGUCCGUUAA